CCCAGACGCCAGUUAUCAUUUCGACUCGAUCCGCGCUCACCGUCCACAGCUCGUAUCAUUUUUCGGCGAAACAAAACUCCCAGGAUUGUCUAAUUAUUAGGUAGGUAGAUAUUGUUCAGUGUAAUUUAUAGUAAUUAUUACUUUUUGUGAACAUAUAUCUUAUUAAAUCAUUGUGUAUUAGUGUAUUUUAGUCCACUGACUUGGCACUUUAGUCGGCUUAACAAUGUCGGCAACGUCUUCUGAUGAUGAAUCAAAUAACAUGUCUACUGAACAGGGUUCGUCGGUCCUUGAACGAGAAUUGUAUAACGACAUGGAAAUAAAAAUGGGUUCGUAAAACAAUCGGAAAUACGACUUCGAAUAAUUGUAUAUAUUAUUAACAAUGAUUUUUGUUUUACAUGUACCUACUUACAGAACGGGAAUACAUGAAAGAUGUUGAAAAAAAAAAGAAGUAAGUCAUACUUUUUAAAUAAUAUUAUGCAAACGAGCACAGUAUUUUAAAACUUAAACAUUACUAAAAAUUUAAUAACUUAAUAAUUGUUGACAAUUUAUGAAUAUGUUUGCUUUUUUUUUUUUGAAAAUUAAUACACUUAUUUAAUAUUUUGUGUUUAGCAUAGAGUUCUUAGCAAUGAUUAAUUGUAAUAGGUUUUUAAUAGAUAAUUUGAAUUAUUAGGUUUCUACUUGAGAAUUUAAAACCAUAAGUAAGUAAUAUUUAGUUCAGGUAAAUAAUUAAUAUAUAAUCAAAUUACACUGAAUAAACCAAAAAGCCGUUGAUUAAAAGUUAAUCAACCUAAAUACUAAGCUUAAAUACUAAAUUUAAUUUCAACUAACUAGUUGAUGAAAAUUGGGUAUUACUAAAAUUAGGUAAACUAGUUACAUUAAGAAGUUAACAAUAAAAAUAGUUAAGUUGAAAAUUUGUAUACAAAAUAUAUUAUAUACCUGUUUUUUUAAAAUUGCAUUAAAAAUAUUGACAUAAAUGUAAUAAUUGUAUUAUUAUAUUGAAUGACAAAUUAUUAAUGGAAAUCAAAUAUGAGAUAUUUAAUUUAAGUUAGGGUCUAAAAUUUAUAAUUUAUAAUCAAUAAAUCAGUUAGCUUAUAGUUCCUUCAAUAAUAUUUAGGUACCUGAUGUUCGGAAUUUACAAAAAAAAAAUCAAUCCUCAUUUUAAAAGUAAAAAUACAAAUUGAAUAAUGCUUUAUCAGGUUAUUAUAAUUUACAACAUUUUGAAAUAUUUUUUCUAGUAAAAUUAUACUCUUACAUGAUAUAAAUCUGUUCCUUAUUAUAAAUGUAUGAUAAAAUUCACAUUUUUUAUAUAAUACAGUAGAAUCCACUUAAUUGGAACACAUUGGGCGGUGACCUAUUUGUCCCCAUUAUCCGACUUUCCCGAUUAACCGAAUAACUAAUAAACCGAAACUAUUAAAUUUUACAGGUGCACUUUUGUUGUCGUUUAAUUUUUCCCACUGUUCACGAAUAGCUUUUUCAUUAUUUUCCAAUCAGCUUAAUAUUGAUUUAGAGGUGCCUAUUAUUUUCUCUAACUCACAAAGACUGGAAGAAUGAGGUUGAGCUUUAAUUUUAUCCAGAUUAGAAAUUUUUUCAAUCAACGUUAAAUCUUUACGAGACAUAAUUGUUACAUAUUAACACAAACUGAGAUCAAUAAAAACACAUACGUUAAUACGCAGAGAUGAAAGAACGCAAACUAAAGUUUUUCAAUUGAUUACCUAUAUAAUAGAGCUAUAAAGAUUAGAUAAAUGAUUGACAUAAUUGACAUUACCUAUAUAAUAGAGCUGUAAAGAUUAGAUAAUGACAGUUUCGAUAAGAAGUAGAUAGAUGAUUUAGGUCAGAAUAUCUAAUUAGACGCUUUUAUUUUUGUCUCUUAUAACCGAUGGUUGUUCCCAGAUAAACGAAGUUAAAUUGCCUUAAACGAAUACAUUCAUUCGGGACUAUGUCAAUUUGUCCCUAUUAAGUGGUUGCCCCCUUUAUCCGGUGUCUCAAUUAAGUGGAUUAUACUGUAUUCAUAAAGAUUGUGACUUGUUAAAACAAAAUAUUUAAAACCACUAAUACAAUUUGUUUUUAAGUGCCCAUUGGUAUUGAUAUAUAUAUAUAUAUAUGUAUUUUAAAUGGAAAAAUAAUAAUUAAUUGUUUGUCAAACAAUUGAAAACAGGUUUAAUAAUAUUAGGUAGAUUAUUUAAUAAUACAAAUGGAAAUUAAAAAAAUAUUUUAGUAGUAAGCCCAUAACUUGUGCGAUUUAAACCAUAAAUGAGAAAGCUUAAGAAGUAGUCCAAGCAUUUGAUAAAUUGAAUUGAAGUGAAUAUGCCUAUAGGAACUAAUAAUAUAAUUAGAAUCCAUAGUACUUUUCUUCGGUCAUAUAAACUAAUAGACAUGACUUAUUGUAUGUUAAAACUAGCACACUGUUGUAGUUAUGAUAUAACGUUUAGGUAUUUAUCAAUUUAUAAUAUUGGUUUAUUACUAAUUGUGAGUUGUUUUUCAUUGACUUAAAGUUAAUAUUUAACUAUAUUAAUUUGUUUAGAUUUGAAUCUUUGAAUAGAAAAUUGGGUGUACAGGGUGUCGCACGAUGAUCUGCCACUUGAAAUAACUUUUGUUCCAUUCAAUAUUUUUGUUAUAUUGGCUGAAACUGAAUUUAGAAUAUUUUAGCAAACAAAUAAUUUAAAUAUAGGGAACAUUAUAGAAGUAUUAAAUAUUAAAUGGUUGCAUAAUAUGCACAAAUCUGUUUUUAAAUGUUUACAUGGUCAUAUAUUUGAUGAAGAUCAUUAAGGUAAUCGUAUAAUAUCUUUAGUCAAAAUUACAUAAAAUAUCACUUAAUAUUUAAAGAUAUGAUUGCACCACAAAGUUGACUUGAUCAACAAUUUAUGACAUAUUAGAUAUAUAUGUAGUGUAUUACCAAAGCAAUUUUUUUUUUCUAAUCAAUAAUAAAUCACAUAAUAAAACAUACAUUUGUAUUCAAUGUUAAGUUUUUUUCUAUUCUAAAAUUUCAAAUUUUUCGUUAAGCACUAAAGACAGACUUUGCAUUGUACAUAAUACUUACAUAACUAUUCCCAAAAAAAUUAUUUUCAUUUUAAAAAUAACAAACAAGGGUAUCUUUUUGUUCUAUUAACAAUAAUUUAAAAAAAAUUAGAAAUUAUGCUUAAUUAUGAGAUACUAUAUAAUUAUAAUGUAUAAUGCAGUUUUUAUUAUAAUAACCAAAUUAAAAAAAAAUAGGAGGAUUCCCUGCUAUGUAUUACUCCACAACAUAUUCAACAUAUGACAUAUCUAUGAGUUUAUAAUAUGAUUGAAGGUACAUUUAUAUCAUAGAUAUCUCAACAUUAACAUAGCUAUUUCACUGGUCUGAAAUGAAUAACUACAACUCCACAGUGGUACAAUAUUAGAUACAUUAUUAUAAUUGUUUUCCGUGUUUAUGGUUUCUUUAAUCAAUGCUGAUUUAACUUUUCUCGGCAUAACAUAAUUUAUAAUAAUUAAUUUUAAUUAUAAAAACUUUAUAUUUAUAGCAUAGCUCCAUAAGCUAAAACUAUAAUUCUUAAAUCAUAAUGUAUUUGACAGUUUUGAUGAUACAUAUUCCAUUAUUCUAAAUCGCUUAUUAAAUGUCAUAUUCAAUCAGUUUUAAUUUAACCAUUCAACAAUAUUUUAACAAAUUAAAUUUACUUAUGAUAUUAAUUAUUUUACAUAAUUUGCAUUUAAAUAUAUCGAUAUAUAUUUGUUUAAUAAUUUAUAUAGGUAACAUGAUAUUAUUUAAAUGUAUCAAAUGUAUGAGUACUGCCUAAAUAUGAUUAAAAAUACUUCUCUAAUGUGAUUUUUUUUAUAAUACCCUUAAUAAUUAAAUAUUAAUAUGCUGCUUGUUUUUCAUUCAUAUUAUAAAUUCUGAUUUCCUAUUAGGUAACUACCAAAGAAUUAUGACUAACUUUAUUAAUAUUAAUAAGAAAUUGAAUGUAUAAUAUAACAAACAAUAAUAAACAGAUUGUUUUGUUGUACUGUUUUAAUUUACUAUUAAAACAAUUUUCUCUAUACAUAUUUUUAUGCCAUUAUAUUGAUCCUCCUUCAAUAUUAUUACCCAAUAUUUAUGACACUAGUAUUUAUAUAUUAUUAUAUUAAUUAUUAUAGUUAAAAAAUGUUUUGACUAGUUUAUAAUUUAUCAUUAUAUGAAUACUGAAUAGGUAUUUAAAUAUACUUACGUUCUGUAAUUAAUUUUUUUUUCUUAAUGUUAAUAGAACAAUCUUGUUAUUAUUAAUAAAGAAAUCUGUAGGUAUUUUAUACAUUUUAGUUUGGAACAAAUUUAAUUAAUUGUAUCUUCCAUUUAUAUAUUCAAUUUUUUUUCAAAUUUUAUUUUUUAUCACUUAUUCUGAAAAUAUUUGAUUUUUUAAAUGGGAACUAUAAGUUAAGAAGUUAUAUGAUAAACUUUAAAAACCUUCAAAAAACAACUUUUUAUUUUAAAAUACUGGAUUUUCAACAAUACUGAUGUUAGUGCAAUCAGAAUAGUAUAAAUCCGUGGCACAAAGCUAAGUAAAAUAAAAAGAGCUCAUAUGUGACUUUAGUAUAUUACAUGAGACAGCCAACUCCUAUUUAACCUGUGUAAUUGUCCUCUCUGUAGCCUAAACUAAUGGGCUGAUUGUUUUGAAAUUUUCUGGAGUUGAUCAGUAUGUUUCAUAAAUGAUACUUUUGUAAAUUUCAAGUUGAUUAGAUGAUUACAGCCUGAGUGAUAUGCAAAAAUAUUAGCAUAGUGUUUACUCGAAGCACAAUUUUUUUCAACAAUUCAACAAAAUAUAUGUUGUUACCAUCUGUUUGCGGUUGAAUAAACAAUAAUUUUGAUAAUUUAUUUUAUCCCUGUAUUACUAUAGUGUCAUUUUCCAGUAACAUUCAUAAUAAGCUAAAUUCAUAGCUAUACAUCAUAAUAUAUUAAUUUAUUCAAUCCAUAAAAAAACAAAGAUACUUUGUCCCCAUAAUUUUUCACUUGAUAAAAAAAAUAUAGGUUAAUUUUAUAUAAUAUUUUAAUAAAAUAAUAAGUGAUAUCCUAACAAAAACCUUCCGUAUUAUGGUAAUACUAGCCGACCCGUCACGGCUUCACCCGUGAUUGGUUGUUUAAUUUGCCUUUGGAUAAUGAUAUAUAGAACUUUUUAAUCAAAUUCUAUCGUUUAAUAAUAUCGGCAAAUUAAUAUAAAAAAAAAAAAAACGGUUAAUGAAAACGUAUUGAAAUGUUUCAAGCGGGAUUAAUGACAAAUAUAUUUUUACUAAAAAUGAAUGCAGAUACAAAAGAAAUGCUGAGUAAUUUACGGUUGAUAAAGAAUUUUAUAAAACUUUUGAGUAUAUGGCGUUUUUUUGUUUUAUCUCCUGUUGAAAUUAAAAUCAUAAGAUGCUUCGGGUCCCCAGUUCGAGAAAAUCCCACGUAUAAUUAUCCAUGUGAAAAGCACUGUGUUCGAAGACCUACGCCAACGUACCUGUAUGUUUGACCUUGAGCUUUGUUUAUCGUGAUUGCCAAAGAAACUUUAACAAAGAAUUAAAGCCGUUUGAACGGAAACGGCAAGUCCGACGGAAUCACGGGAAUUCUUGGAAUAAAUGCAAUUUCUCCUUUUGCCGGCCCCGUAAGAAUGACGGCUCCUAUAACACUAUUCUGCAACGAUUUUAUUUGUCAUCUUGUACCGUUACAUAACUUCGGUGGUUGAAGAUUACGUAAUAAUGUAAUCGGAGUACCAAUUUUUAAUUUNGUGCGUGCGAUAAACUUCUCGGAACAAUUCGUACCUACACGCCGAUGUCAAACACGAUACAAUUUGACGAACAAAAAGGUCAGGUCGCGGGUAGCUGUAAACCCGCGGGCCGCCGUGCCGCACAAUACGUAUAUAAUAUGGGUAGACAAUUUUUUAAUUUUUCAAGAACUUUAUACUUAUUUUUUAUUGACAAAAGUGGUACUAAAACCUUCAGCAGAGUGUCGGGUACAACGGUAAAAAAUUUCAGCCAAAUCGGUACGGUGGUUUUCUCGGUUAGCGCGGUCGUAGAAAACCCCUUACAAUUUUAUAUAAUAGUAUAGAUAACGAAGUUAUAAUAAUAACAAUAUAGUAUAGAUAUGAAUAUUGGGUAUACGUGUUGUCGGUGUAAGUGCGAUAUACUUCUCGGAACGCCGAUAUCAAACACGAUACAAAAAAAAGGUCAAGUUACAGGUAGCUGUAAACCCGCGACCCGCCGUGCCGCACAACGUACAAUUGUUUUUAAUUUUUUAUGAACUUUUAUGAACUUUUUUACUGACAAAAGUGGUACUAUAACCUUCAGCAGAGUGUCGGGUUUCAGCCAAAAAAAAUUUCAGCCAAAUCGGUCCAGUAGUUUUCUCGGUUAGCGCGGUCGAAGAAAAACCCUUACAAUUUUAUAUAAUAGUAUAGAUUAAUAAAUUAUAAAAUGGGGAUGUAAAUAUACAUGUCAGCAUUGUAUCUUUAUUUGUAGUCGUAAAUAUUAGUAGCUGCCAAGCUAAGUUAAAUUAAUUGUAUUAAAUUAUCACACUUCAUCAAAUACAAACAAUUAUAAACAAUUUCUAUACUAAUGAAUUUAAGAAAUUACUUAUCUCCUUUUUGAUAUCACAACUUUUCUAACUUGGGGAGGUUUUUUUCUUAGCAUUGUUUUUACACGUAGUUGAUAGAGGAUUUUCGUUAAGAUAUAGUAUACUAGCUAUAAGUACAUAACAAUAUUAUUAAUGGAAAUAGUAUAAAAUAUAUGCUACCCUUGUCCAUACAUUUAAUUUUUUUAUUUUAGGAAGAUCUACAAAAAAAUGGAAGCGAUAAAAAUUAAGCUGAAUCAAUUAAAACGUAGGUCAUGUGUAAAUUAUAAAAGGGAAUUGAAAAAAUUGGAGCUUGUUCAAAAUGAAAAGUAAGACAGUCAAUUUUUCAUUAUUAUUUAACCACAGUUCGCUAAUAUUUUUAUAACAUAAUUGCUGUAAAGAUUGCGUUUGUUGAAUUUAAAUCGUGAAAGAGAGACUGCACAAAUCGAAAAAGAAUUUGAAGAAGACAAACGCCAAAGUGCCGUUCUGAAUGAAGAGGAAUGGAAUGAAUACAUAUCAAAGCAAAUGCAAAAUGCUAAAGAAAAGAAAACUGGCUAAUGCAGAACUCAGUGUAUCAUAUUUUAUUUCCCUUUUAAAGGAAAACUACUAAUUUAUCAGCAGUAUAAACCUAUAUUAGAUUUAUGGUACAGUAAAAAUACCUCAUAUUUUAGUUUUAAGAUUAUUUAAAGUUCUAAAUUCCAUACUUAUUUAUAAUAUUGGUAUUUAAUAUGAAACUUUUUUUUUAAUUUAAUAUUUGGGUUUUACUGUUCCUUUUUUAUUUUCAUUUUAUUAUGCAUUUAUCUAUAAUUUUUAAGUUAUAAUAUUUGUUUACUUUCUCUCCCUUACUUUACAAAUAUUUAAUAUGAGAACAAAUUCUUCAAUUUAAUACAAUAAAUUAGUAUACAAUAUUAUUUUGUGACU